GUGACCAGGGAGGCUUUUGCAUGAUGUGCAUUAUGCAGAACCACACGAUCCAGGCUUUUGCCAACAGUGGGAACGCAAUAAAGCCAGUACCCUUCAUCCGAGACCUUAAAAAGAUCGCCCGGCACAUCCGCUUCGGGAAUCAGGAGGACGCGCACGAGUUCCUGCGUUACACCAUCGACGCCAUGCAGAGGGCCUGCCUCAACGGCUGCACCAAGUUGGAUCGCCAGACCCAGGCCACGACGCUGGUUCACCAGAUCUUUGGCGGUUACUUGCGGUCGCGUGUGAAGUGCUCGGUGUGCAAGAGUGUCUCGGACACGUACGACCCUUACCUGGACCUGGCGCUGGAGAUCGGGCAAGUCGCAAACAUCGUGCGGGCGCUGGAGCUGUUCGUGAGGCCAGACGUGCUGGGCGGGGAGAACGCCUACAUGUGUGCCAAGUGA